CACCCCCAGGCCACCACCUCCUCUCCCAUCCCCGUCUCCUCCCCUUCCUCUCGCUCCUCGCCAGAACCCCGCACCCCCAUCCCCAUCAAGGCGGCGCGAUGCUGGAGGAGGCGAUCCCCGCGCUGUGGAGCGCCGUCCACGGGUUCUUCACCCCCGCCGUGCUCUUCGUCGUCCUCAACAUCGUCAUCGGCACCAUCGCCGUCACCUCCAAGGUCGCCGCGCCGGCGGCCGCCGACGCCGCCGAGGAGGAGGAGGGCGCCGCUGCUGCGCCGGGCGCCGGAGGGGAGCAGUACCGGAAGCUGUCCCGCGUGCCCUCCAUGGCGUUCGGCCGGCUCCGGUCCUUCAACCUCUCCCGCUUCGCCGCGCCCGCGCCGGAGCCCGCCGUGGCCGGGGCGGUGGAUCUGGGGUACGAGCAGCCCCCCGCGCUGGCUGCUGAGCAGGAGGAGCCCGUCGUGGUCCAGCGCGUGGUCGAGCCGGAGCCCGAGCCCGAGCCCGAGCUGGAACCGGAACCGGAGCCGGAGCCGGAGCGCGAGCACGAGGACGCGGACGCGCACACGGCGGCGCACGUGGAGCGGAGCCGGUCGGAGGCGGCGGCGCAGGCGGAGCUGCCGCGCCUCCCCGCGCGCCUGCGCAAGUCAGCCAGCGACCGGUCGGCGUUCGCGCACUUCGAGGCCGAGGAGGUGGAGGAGGCCGUGCGGGCGGUGGAGGCGCGGCGCCCCGCGACGACCAGGGAGGGGGCGCGCGCGCGCCGCGCCCCCGCGGCGGAGCCGGAGCCGGAGCCGGAGCCCGAGGAGGAGGCCGGCGCCGGCGGCGAGGUGGACGCGCUGGCGGACGCCUUCAUCAACAAGUUCCACCACCAGCUCAAGCUGCAGCGCAUCGAGUCCUUCAUCCGCCACCGGGAGACCGUCCGCCGCGGCCAGGCGGCCGGCGGCGUCGUCGUCUAGGCAGGUGGCAGCCCGAGCCGACCGAUGGCGCCGGGCUAGAUGCAAGAAGACAGCGAGCUGCGAGAGUGAGAGAAGGCAGAGGAAGAAGAUGAAGACAAGGCAUGCGAGGGAAGGAUUGGAAAGAGGAGGGGAUGGUACCUCCGUUCCUUGUUCUUGCUCCCCCGAUCCGAUUUGGGUUUUUUUCUUUUUCGCGUUUCCUGGUUGCUAGCUAGCACAUCGUAGCUCCAUGAGAUGAGUUUUGGAUAGAGCCCCGCGGCAAUGUGGCAUCCUCACCGCCAUCGCAUCCUGUGAAUGAACCGAUAAAGGAAGAACAAGCAACCCGUAGCUAAGUUGCUGUGUAAAUUAUUGUCUGCGAGUUCUUCAGGCUUUGCUGAA